UGACGCGUUGCCCAAAAUCUCGAUUGCCUUUGCCGAGGUGCCGGUCUGCUUCCCCAAAAGCCCAAGCAUGUCAAGACACCUUAAGAAGUCUUGCACGUUGCUUAGGCCAUCUACUCGAUCGCAGCCUCACUUAUCUGGUCUACUUUGUCGACGUUCUUGGUCGAUAGCGCCGCAAAAUCGAACCAUAUUUAUCUAACGCCGACCGACUGGCUUUGCUUUCUACCUCCAACCCUCUCAAGCAAGCAGACAAUAUCUACCGGGCGAUGGCAGAAGUGGACUUUACCAAGCCAGUAAUGAAGUUGGCGGUGUUGACUUCUGGAGGCGACAGUGCGGGCAUGAACGCUGUUGUGCGUGCAGUGGUGAAAGCAGGCAUCCUCAAAGGCUGCGAAACCUAUGUUGUUCGUGAAGGCUACGAAGGUCUCGUCCGCGGAAACUCGGAUGAGGCGAAACCGGAAAAAGUUGCCCCGCACAGGGAUUCUAGUGCGUACUAUGGGUCGUUUGUACACAACCUGCGUUUCGGCGAUGGUGAGUUGUUGAGGGAUGGUACGAGUGACCAUUUCGCUGGAAGAACACUGAGAGGGCGAUAUAUCGUCCGUGUUGGAUGGGACGAUGUUAGAGGUUGGUUUGCUCAGGGAGGUACUCUCAUUGGUACAGCUCGGUCGGCAGCCUUCAGGACAAUAGAAGGAAGACUUUCUGCCGCCCAAAACCUGAUAAAGGAAGGAAUCGAUGCCAUCGCUGUCUGUGGAGGAGACGGUUCACUGACAGGGGCCGACGUCUUUCGUGCUGAGUGGCCCAAGUUGGUCGCAGAGCUCCACAAGCAAGGCCGGAUCACUGCUGAACAAGUCCAACGACAUGGAUUCCUCAAGAUCGUCGGUCUUGUUGGCUCUAUUGACAACGAUAUGUCUAUGACCGACAUGACGAUCGGAGCACCUACUGCAUUGCAUCGGAUUUGCGAAGCCAUUGAUAACAUUGACUCAACGGCUGCUUCUCAUUCUCGUGCUUUCGUGGUAGAGGUCAUGGGUAGAAACUGUGGUUGGCUCGCCUUGAUGGGGAGCGUGAGCGGCGGUGCAGACUAUAUCCUUCUCCCUGAGCGCCCUCCUCAGACAGAUUCCUGGGAGGACGAGAUGUGUAAAUUGAUCCACAACCAUCGUGAAGCAGGCAAACGCAAGACCAUCGUGAUCGUCGCGGAGGGUGCUCACGACGCCAACUUAAAACCUAUCCAUGCGGAUUAUGUCAAAGAUGUCCUUAUAGACCGGCUUGGCCUGGACACGAGAGUAACUACCUUGGGUCAUACACAACGAGGUGGCCGUCCAUGUGCUUUUGAUCGCAUCCUGCCUACUCUACAAGGUGUCGAGGCAGUUGAUGCGUUGCUCGAGUCGACACCUGAGACACCAUCUUACAUGAUUGGCGUCCAUGAGAACAAGAUGACGAGAAUACCUCUGAUGGAGGCCGUGAAGAUGACACAUGAAGUGACAGAAGCGAUCAAAGUAAAGGAUUUCGACAGAGCGAUGGCUCUCCGAGGCCCUGAAUUUCGUGAGGCUUUGGAAGGUUUUUACGCUACCUCUGUGUUGGAGAAAGAACCCAGGUUACCUCAUCAUCUGCGCAUGCGUGUCGCUAUCAUACACAUCGGUGCCCCUGCUGGUGGUAUGAACGCAGCGACACGUACCGCAGUCCGUUACUGCGUGCGACAGGGCCACAAGCCAUUCGCUGUACACAACGGCUUCCCCGGUCUUCUCGACGAUAAUGUUCACCAGCUCUCUUGGCUGGGUGUAGAUAACUGGAUGACCCGAGGAGGUUCCGAACUCGGUACUAAUCGUAAGCUGCCAGACGUCGACCUCGGUGGCGUCGCCGCCAAAUUCCAACAAUACAAGUUCAACGCAUUGAUUCUGGUCGGAGGCUUCGAGGCGUUUAGCGCGUUGUUGAUUCUGGAGAAUGCUAGGAAACAUUAUCCUGCGUUCCAUAUUCCGAUGGUUCAUCUUCCUGCGACGAUCAGUAACAAUGUGCCGAUGACCGACUACAGCUUGGGCAGUGAUACAAGUUUGAACGCGCUGGUGGACGCUUGCGAUGCGAUCAAGCAGAGUGCGAGUGCGAGUCGCGAUAGGGUGUUCGUCGUUGAAGUUCAAGGUGGCAAGUGUGGAUAUUUGGCGACUAUGGGUGCUCUGGCGACGGGUGCUUGCAUUGUGUACACGCCGGAACGUGGUAUGAGCUUGGAUAUGCUCCGGAGUGACGUCAAGUACUUGAAGAAACGGUACAGUCUCGAUCUCAAGGGUAAGAGUGAAGGUCGAUUGGUGAUAAGAAACGAAAUUGCCUCAGAAGUCUAUUCUACGGAAUUCAUCACCAAGAUGUUCAAAGAGGAAGGUGGAAAACUCUUCGAUUCUCGUUCAGCUUCCCUAGGACACACCCUUCAAGGUGGUAUCCCAUCCCCCUUGGACAGAGCACGUGCCGUUCGCCUUACCCUCAAGUGCAUGGCUUUCAUCGAACAUCACCACCAAUUGCUUCUCAAACAGCCCGGAAACCUGAAGAAGGCUCCAAACGAAUCCGCUGCUGUUAUUACCAUUUUGGGAUCGGGUGUGAAAUGGGUUCCUGUGACUGAAAUGGUAGAACACGCAGAUACAGCGAACCGCCGAGGAUCAGAGGAGAGUUGGAUCGGUGUCGUCGAUUUGGUGGAAGACCUUGUGGCUAGGAAGCCGAUUUUAGAGAAGGAGAAAAUCGCUGUGUAGAGUCUGAUUGUCUAACGUCAUGGACUAUGAAGAAGUAGGAAUGGAUGUACUAUACGGACUGUUUAUAGAACCCUACUGUACCCAUUGUGUAUCUCUACGUUUCCGAGUCACGCUUCUACUGAAAACGCGGUGUGACAC